UCUUUCAGCAGCGCAGCGCGCACUUGUUCUAGGCUGCCGCCGCCGCUGCUACACGCUCCUGAGUAUAUUCUGGAAACUUUGAGACGAGUUGUGGCACGCGGGGCUUCAGUGCAUCCUAGCUGUACUUUCUUUCAUCCAGCCUAUCUCCUGUCCGGCGGUUUCCUCUAGCUGUGCCCCCUAGCCUUGGCCCUGCAUGAUUCGUUUUGCUCGGCCACACGAAUGCCUCCUAGCACGCCUCCUACCGGGUCAGCCACACUGGUUUCCCGGUUUCUCUCCUGGCGGGUAACAUCCCACCGCCCCAGUGUAACAGCAGCUCCGAAAUCAGAAGCAGCAACAGAACCCGCCAUAACACACACUCGCGUGGCCGAGAAGGGACUCUGCGGAAGGGGUUUGGGCGCCGUCUAAGGGCGCAUUUCGGGGUGAGCGGCGGGCACGAACAUCCCAAGCACUGGGGUCCUAUUUUGGUCUGGUGUGCUUUGCAAGACGCAGCGGCAGGCGCAGCAACAGGCGGUUCAGAAACUUUUUUGCCUCCUCAGCUCGAAGCGGCGGUUGAUUUGGAAAGGAGUUUCUUCCCCACGCGCCCUAUUUGUUUACACUGAACGUCUACCAUACAGGGCUCCCCCCCCCCUUUUUUUUUUUUUUUUUUUUUUGGAGAGCGGCCCACUUCGAAGACAGCCAACUUUCGCUUAGUUGAGAAAAGCAAUGGGGGCUGUUGCUGCUGCUUGGAAUAAACUGGAGGGAUUUUCCUCAGCAGGGGUUGCGCGGCUGCUUCUACUGCUGAGCUGUUGCACGACGACUGGACAGCCUUACAGCCUAGACACGCAGAGCCCCCUGGUCUUCGAAGGUCUCAAUGGGACUUUGUUUGGUUAUUCAGUGCUGCUGCACAGCUAUGGCAACAGCAGAUGGCUUGUUGUGGGAGCCCCUCGAGCCAAUUGGCCUGCAAAUAGCUCAGUGGUGAAUCCAGGUGCAGUUUUCAAAUGCCAAAUUUGGAGGAAUUCCACAAAAAACUGUGAGAUGCUUCAACUGGGUGCCCCAGUAGGGGAAACGUGUGGCAGGAACUGUAUUGAAGAAAGAGAUGAUCAGUGGCUGGGGGUGAGCUUGUCAAGGCAGCCAGGAGAAAAUGGAUCUAUCGUUGCUUGUGGACAUCGUUGGCAAAAUGUGUUUUUUAAUAAAAAAGGAGGAAAUGACAAACUUCCUUUGGGCAUUUGUUAUGACAUAACUCCUAAUUUUCGGCCAUUCCUUACUAGAAGACUGUGUCCUUGCUAUCGAGAUGGCAAGAAAGACUAUGGAAAGGAUUAUACAUCAUGCCAGGCUGGGAUAACUACAUUUUACACAGAGGAUUUAAUUGUUAUAGGAGCUCCAGGAUCAGAUUAUUGGACUGGUUCCAUCUUUACCUACAAUAAAACAGAGAAUAAGUUUCGUUCAUAUGUCGAUCGGAACACUGAAGUCAAGUCUGGAAGUUAUUUGGGGUAUGCUGUUGGAGCUGGUCACUUCCUGUCCCCAAACAGUACAGAAGUAAUUGGAGGUGCUCCACAACAGGAACAGACUGGUAAAGCAUACAUUUUAAAAAUCGCACGAUAUGAACUAUUGAUUUUGAAAGAAUUACAGGGUAAACAGCUUGGUUCUUAUUUCGGAGCUACUGUCUGUGCAGUGGAUUUCAAUGGUGAUGGCCUUUCGGACCUUUUGGUUGGAUCUCCAAUGUUUAGUAAAGUCAGAGAAGAAGGAAGAGUUUAUGUGUACAAAAACUCGGGCUCUGAUGCAAGCAUGAUAGAGCUGGAGGCAGCACUGGCUGGAAGUGAUUUGUAUGCAGCACGAUUUGGAGAAUCCAUUGCCAAUUUAGGAGACAUUGAUAAUGAUGGCUUUGAAGAUGUCGCCAUUGGGGCUCCACAUGAAAAUGAUUUAGAAGGGGCAGUUUACAUAUACAAUGGCAGAAGCGAUGGGAUUUCACCAGCCUUCUCACAGAGAAUACAAGGACGCCAGUUCAGCAACCCUUUACGCAUGUUUGGUCAAUCCAUAUCUGGGAGGAUUGAUGUAGACAAUAACGGAUAUUCAGAUGUAGCAGUUGGUGCUUUCCUGUCAGAUUCUGCUGUGCUUCUCAGGACAAAGGCCGUAGUGAUUGUUGAAGCAUCCUUAAAACAUCCUGACUCAGUAAAUCGAACUGUAAUGGACUGUAUGGUGGAUAGACAACCGGCUGUGUGUGUGAAUCUGAUGCUUUGUUUUACCUACAGUGGCCAAGCACUCCCUGGCUAUAUUGUAUUACUUUAUAAUCUAAGCCUGGAUGUUAGCAGGAGUUCAGAUGCUGUUGCUAGGUUUUAUUUUUCUUCUAAUGGAACAUCUGAAACAAUAUCUGGCAGCAUCGCGAUUUACAGCAACAAUGUUACUUGCAGGACUCACCAAGCAUCCAUGAGGAAAAAUGUAAGGGAUAUCCUGACUCCUAUACAUAUUGAAGCCACCUAUCAGCUUGGACAUCAUGUUUUCACCAAAAAUAUUGGAGAAGAGCUCCCACCACUCCAACCGGUUCUUCAGCAAAGAAAAGACAAUAAUGUUGUUCGCAGCAAGUUUGUAUUUUCAAGAUUUUGCUCUCAAGAAAAUUGUUCUGCUAACUUGCAAAUUACUGGAAAACUUGGAUUCCUGCCGCCACAUGAAAAGAAAUCUUAUCUUGCAGUUGGAAGUAUGAAAACAAUCAUGUUAGAUGUCACAUUGUAUAAUGCUGGUGAUGAUGCCCAUCAAGCCACCCUCCAUUUCCAGCUCCCUAAAGGUCUUUAUUUCAACAAAAUUCCAGUGCUGGAGGAAAACCAGAUGCAUUGUAAGCUGUCAAAAACUGAAAGUGAUGCUGUGAGGCUUGAUUGUCUAUAUGUAGAUCGCCUGUCAAAGAUGGAUCUUAGGUUUCUCUUGGAUGCAAGCUCACUUAUCAGGGCAGAAGAUGACCUGAUCAUCAGUAUUAAUGCAACCUGUAAAAAUGAACAUGAGUAUACGCUGUUGGACAACAAUUUAACUUUAACUUUGUCACAGAAGUAUGAGGUUAUGCUGAGUGCCCAUGGGAUUGCAUCACCUCAGUCAUUUGUUUACGGGCCCAGGGAGGAAAGUUCAUCAGCUACUUGCACAAAGGAGCAGAUCAGCUUCGCUUUCUAUGUCAGUAAUCCUGGACUGAGUCUGGCUCCUAAUGUAGACUUGGAGAUACAGAUACCCAAUUCUUUUGCACCAACAGAUAUCAAGCUAUUCAAUGUUCUCCAUGUUGAGACAAGUGAUGGAAACUGUAUCUACACAAAUUAUACAAGAGAAUGUACUUUACCAGAAGAUGAUGGGAAUCCAUUUCAGGACCUCUUUACAUUCCUUACAAAGCUUGACAAGAAGUUAAUGUACUGUAUGAAAGAUGACCCAUCAUGUUUCCGAAUACUCUGCAAUUUUGGAGACAUAGGAAGUGGAAAAGAAGCAACUGUUCAGAUUUAUCUGGAAGCAACUCCUGCACUGUUGAACACAAAUGACGCUUCAUCAGUUAUCUUUGAAGUUAGAGGGAAGGUUUCUGCAGACAAAAAUCCAAAAGUCAUUGAAGUACAUGAGGAUAAGCAAACUGUAAAUAUCAUUCUAGAAGGACUGCAUAACCAAAAGACAAAACCUACUGUUACAAUGCUAUUUAUUGGACUAGGUUCAGCACUUGGAUUAUUUUUGCUUUUGAUUCUUUCAUGUUGUUUAUGGCAGAUUGGUUUCUUUAAAAGAAAACAUAAACAUGUCCUUGAAGAACAGAAUGGAAGAGAAAAUGUGGGCCUUAUAAGCGGUGACCAAAAAGACACCAGUGACAAUUAGUUUAUCUUCCUGACAAUGCAAGAAUUUCUUUUAUCAAAGCACUGAUUGCAAGAAAGAACAAAUUGUAUGUCCUUUUAAUGGAUAUCUGAGUGGGAGCAAGAUUACUACUUAAUCUGUACCCUGCAACAGAAACUGUGGAAUCUCUGAAGAAAAACUGCAACAUUGAUCAAGACCACCUGUCUCUGGCUUCAAAGGCAAAAAAAGAAAGGAAAGGAAAGCAGCAAAGCAGUACCAGAAUAUCAACAAAGCAAACACUAGGGAAGAACUACUACUUGCUAAACAUAUUUUUGACAAUCAGUAUAGUAUUGAUCCUACUUGAAUUCAAGUGCAUAAUCUUGUGUCAGGAAUUCCGUUCUCCUUAUUCCCAUUCUGCAUAGCCUCACUGCCCAGAGAAUCAGCUAAUCAAAUUAUACAUAUAAAAAGUAGAAUCAUGAGUAGAUUUGAGACACAGCACCCCCAGUUUUUGUUUUAAAAAACAAAUACAGUACCUUAUUUUAAGAUAUUUGCUUCUUACGUAGGAUAGAUGACAUACCCAUAUUUGAAAUGUUUACCUCUAAACCACACAAACAUUUAACCAAUAGACAGCCUUCUCCUCACCUUCCAAUUCCCUGGAUUGGGGCCUGUAGUUAAAACUGUGGAGUAUGUGCAUGUAGGAGCUGCAAACAAAUUGGUUUCUUUCCAAAGCUGCCUUGAACCCAACAUAGACGCACAUUGCAUACGUAUAAUUUUAACCCAUCUAUCCCAACAUUAUAAAUAUAUCACUCCUAUGUGAAAUACCCAUUUAUGCCAAGUCUUUGGAUGGAAGCGAACAGCCAUGACCUGGAUGCUGUAAUUGGAUGUGGGGGAGUAUUUCUUAUGCAGGUACUCCCUAUCAAUGUUUGUGACAGCAGUCAAAACCUUUUGGACAGAUGUUCUAUUUUUUUGGACCAUAUUAACAGCAAACAUAUAUGGAGAACACAUGAACAUUUUAGAAAACAUUUUGUUUUGCAUAAAAUAACUUUAUUUUAAUGUAAAUAUCUUUACACAUCUUUUAAGAGUAGGAUUCAAGGAGAAGAUGAAAUAUUGCACUUUAAUGCCUAACCAUAUUUGAGCAGAAGCCUGUGUUGUUACAAAUAAUACCUCAAAGUUCAAGACAGCAUUAAAGACUUUGAAAUGUGGUGCAAAGUGAUCUGGAACUAUUUUUAUCAAAUACAUCAGUGCAUGGAGGUAUACCUGGAAACUGCUACUUCUACUGCUAAUUUGUAAAUAAAGACCAGCUCUUCAGUAAGGAGCACAACGAAUGUUGAGUGUACACACAAUUUGACAGGACGUCCAGGUUUGCGGGGGCCCUCGGCACAUUAUCCUUAGAAUGCCUGUCCAUAGUUCUUGAUGGGUCAUAUCUUGGUGGAUGGGAAGGGGAAAAUGGAGGUAAUGGCAACACAAUUCUCUUGGUUGAGAAUCAUCCCAUUGCUACUACUUCCAGGUGCACCCUGCCCUCUCCAUCUGCAGAUGGGUGCUUGUCCCCUAAGGCUUCUGCAUCUUCAUGGGGGAUUCUGGGGGAAUGCUCCCAUUGGCACGUGGUAUGCAAGAUAUAAGAUAACGGAGUGACACACUCAACUGGUAGAGUCCUGCUGACACCACCACACAAAGGUGAUGUAUACAGUCGCAGUCUCGGGGAUUGGUAGUGGGCCCUUAGUUGCUUUCCAGCUCUGAGCAUGUCAGUUAAAUGCACUGAGUUCUACUUUUAGAAGUUUCCACAUAAUGUCAAAGGAAGCUGUUCAGGGACCAAUUCAGUAAAACAAAGAUUCUGAAUCUGAAAUGCUGUCAAAGUACUAUAUUACCAAUGACAAUUACAUUAAAGAUAUGAAUGCAUCUUUGAAAAAACUAAUUUUGUCAAGUCUAUUUUUCUCUCAAGAGUUAAGUUUUCAUAACUAACUGGAGUUAAUCUGCAUUGUUAAGUCAUUCUAAAUUUAAAUGAAGAGAUUGAAGUAUGUUCUUAAAUAUCUAAAUAAAUGCAUCUUUUGAGGUUU